GCCUCGGUGAGCCCUGAUAGGCUUGUUGGGGAUAAAACCUGCAAGUUGGGAGAGGAGAGGGACAUUUUGGAGCAGGAUGGCAAGAGGGACAGUGGCCACAUACCUGCAUGGAGUCCUUCUCCUGGCUCUGUGGAAACCCUCGCUGCAAGGAGGGGUAUAUGUACCUGCUGGAGGUGUGACUGGAGGAGUCGGGCCAGGAGCUGGAACUGGAUUUGGACCAGCUGGGACUGGAACUGGAUUUGGUCCAGGAGGCAUUGGGACAGGAUUUCAGCCUGGAGGAGGUGGACCAGGAGGCACUGGUACUGCUUUAGGAGGCUUUGGACCAGGAGCUGGUGGAGGGGGCUAUGGGGGUCAAAGGCCAGGUGGUGUAGGCCCAGGAGUCGGACCAGGUGGACUGGGACCGGGUGGAGUUGGACCGGGUCUGGGACCAGGGGGAGUGGGACCAGGUGGAGUGGGAACGGGUGGAGUUGGACCAGGUCUGGGACCAGGAGGAGUGGGACCAGGUGGAGUGGGAACGGGUGGAGUUGGACCAGGUCUGGGACCUGGAGGAGUGGGACCAGGAGGUUUUAGGCCCAGCAGCUUUGGUCCUGGAGGACUGGGACCUGGAGGUGUUGGGACUGGUGUCAAGCCUCCAAAAACAGGAGGUGGCUAUGGUACUGGUGGAACAGGACUAGGACCAGGCGGAGUCGGGACGGGUGGUUUUGGAGCAGGUGGUGUUGGUCCUGGGGGUUACGGAGCUGGGCCUGGAGGAGUUGGUCCAGGAGGUUUUGGAACCGGCACUCAAGGGUUUGGAGGCCUUGGAGCAGGAGGUACUGGGACUGGUGGAGGACUUGGAGCUGGAACAGGUUACACACCUGGAGGUGGAUAUGGAGGUGGUUAUGGACCAGGUGGAGGAGUUCAAUACCCAGGAAUUGGUGGAACUGGUCCCAAACCUCCUAAAACAGGUGGAGUUGGGACAUCACUUGGAGGAACAGGAUUUGGGCCUGGGGGUGCAGGGGUUAGGCCUGGUGGAACAGGAUUUGGACCAGGUGGAACAGGAUUUGGGCCAGGAGGUGCAGGAUUUGGCCCUGGUGGAACAGGACUUGGCCCAGGUGGUGCAGGGAUUGGGCCGGGUGGAACAGGCUUUGGCCCUGGUGGUGCAGGAGUUGGGCCUGGUGGAACAGGAUUUGGCCCUGGUGGUGCAGGUGUUGGACCGGGUGGAACAGGAUUUGGCCCUGGUGGUGCAGGAGUUGGGCCUGGUGGAACAGGAUUUGGCCCUGGUGGUGCAGGAGUUGGACCUGGUGGAACAGGAUUUGGGCCUGGUGGUGCAGGAGUUGGACCUGGUGGAACAGGAUUUGGCCCUGGUGGUGCAGGAGUUGGACCUGGUGGAGUUCCAACGUUGCCACAGACUGGUACCACUGGAGGAGGACCUGGGGUAAAGAGUGGUGGUAAAGCAUCAAAGCAAGUUCCAGGCAUUGGCGUGCCUGGACUCUAUCAAGGUGGAUUUGUCCCAAGCCAAGGGUUUGGAGGCCGUGGUGUUCUUCCUGGAGUGGCUACAGGAACUGGACUAGGAACUCAGAGUGGAGCCGGAGUACUUGGUCAGGGUGGUACUGGACCGGGAGGUGCAGGCAAUGGUCGAGGACAGCCAUUGCCUGGGAUUUUUCGUGGUUACCCCCUCAUAUCACCAAAAACAGGAGUGGGAAAAUCCAAGAAGAAUCCAGCCAAAGCUGCAGCUAAAUAUGGUGGAGCUGGAGGCACGCUUGGUCAAGGAGGCACUUUUGGGGGUGGGGUUGGAAGAGUUCCUGGAGGGGGAGUCUCACCUGGGUUAGGUGGUGGAGUUGGCACAGGUGGGGGACCUGGAUUUGGAGGCGGUGUUGGAACAGGAGGAGGAGUUGGAACAGGUGGGGGACCUGGAUUUGGAGGCGGUGUUGGAACAGGAGGAGGAGUUGGAACAGGAGGGGGACCUGGAUUUGGAGGCGGUAUUGGGACAGGAGGCGGACCUGGAUUUGGAGGUGGAGUUGGAACAGGAACUGGACCUGGAUUUGGAGGCGGUGUUGGAACUGGAGGUGUCCCUGGAUUUGGAGGUGGAGUUGGAACUGGAGGUGUCCCUGGAGUAGGUGGUGGCAUACCAGGCUUAGGUUAUGGCCCAGGUUCAGCCAAAGCACGCAAAUAUGGUGGUGGAGGUGUCGGGACUGCAGGAGGGCCUGGUUCUGGAAUUGGAACAGGAGGGGCAGGUGGUGGCUAUGGUUUUGGUCCAGGUGGCACAGGUACCGGCACAUCUGGAGGCCUUGGAGGUGUGAGACCUGGUUCUGGAGUUGGUUUUGGUCCCAGUGGUACUGGCACCAGACCAGGUGGUCUUGGCUAUGGUCCAGGUGGUACUGGCACCGGACCAGGUGGUCUUGGCUAUGGUCCAGGUGGUACUGGCACUGGGUCAGCAGGAGUGGGACCCGGGGGGUAUGAUGCCAGUGCCAAAGCUCGUAAAUAUGGCAUGUUAAGUGGGGCUCUUGGAGGAACAGGAACAGGUACUGGAGGACUAAGGCCAGGUGGUGCUGGAACUGGUUAUGGCCCAGGCGGCGUUGGACCAGGUGGAGUUGGCACUGGCUAUGGCCCAGGUGGAGUUGGACCAGGUGGAGUUGGCACUGGCUAUGGCCCAGGUGGAGUUGGAACAGGUGGAGUUGGAACUGGCUAUGGCCCAGGUGGAGUUGGACCAGGUGGAGUUGGCACUGGCUAUGGCCCAGGUGGAGUUGGACCAGGUGGUGCUGGCACUGGUUAUGGCACAGGUGGUGCUGGCACUGGCUACGGUCCAGGCGGCGUUGGACCAGGUGGAGUUGGCACUGGCUAUGGCCCAGGUGGAGUUGGGCCAGGUGGAGUUGGCACUGGCUAUGGCCCAGGUGGAGUUGGACCCGGAGGUGCUGGCUAUGGACCUGGAGGUUAUGCUGGAGCCAAAGCGCGCAAAUAUGGUGUUCCUGGAGGUACUGGAGGUGCCCUUGGUGCAGGAGGGCUUGGAGGAGGAACCGGGCCUAGUUCUGGACUUGGAGUUGGAGUAGGGGUUCCUGGACGAGGUGGAGUGUCAACAGGUGGUGGACCGGGGCUAGGACUGGGGGCAGGUGGUAUACCGGGUUCUGGUGUUGUGACAGGAGUUGGACCAGGUGGAUUUGGACCAGGCAGUGCUGGAGGUCUUCCUGGUGGUGGCACAGGCCCAGGGACUGGAAGAGGAUAUGGACCUGGUGGUUAUGGGCCUGGGGUUGGCACAGGUUAUGGACCAGGUGGAGGUUAUGGUCUAGGACCAGGGACUGGAUUUGGACCAGGUUAUGGACCUGGAUCAAAACCUGCUAAAUAUGGCUACGGCACGGCUGGAUCUAAAGCUGCAAAGUUUGGGCAACCUGGUGGAGUUGUACCUGGGACAGGAACUGGAACCAGCACUACAGGAGCAGGAACAGGGACCGGCCCUGGUGUUUCAGCGAAUGGAACCACCACUGGCACCAACCAGACAACAACCAGACCAAGUGGAGGAAGACCUGAAGACACAGGAAGCACACCAACUCCGGCAACAGAAGGUGAUGAUAUUGACACUGUGAUAGAGGGGUCUGGAAGUCCUGGUGGAGAGGGAGGUACCGGUGUCGGUGGCAGACCAGUGGGUACAGGAAGUGACGGAGACCGUCUAGGUGGAACAGGAAUCCCCAUCAUUGGACCCAAGCCAGGAAUCAACGGGACAACACUUCCAGGAUCCACAGGUGUGACCCCUGUCGGUGGUGGAGCUGCGCAACCAAGUGCUGGUGCAGGUGUUGGUGGGACAGGACUUCCUCCUACAGGUUCUGGUGGUGAUCUGCCGGGAGUCAAACCCCUCAAACCCCCAGGUGUCCCCCAGAGGGAGGGGGGUCCCACCAGUGCAGGAGUUGCAGGAAGUGUUUCAGGUGGUGUAUCAACAGGAAGAGGAGGCAGCCCUGCUACUGGAACAGGUGUUGGUUCAGGAGGUGCAGUUGGAGCAACACCAAAACCACCUAAAGCAUAUAAACCUAUAGCAGGAGGCACAAGUGGUGGACAAGGAGGAGUGGGAGUAGGAGUGGGAAGUGGUCCUGGAUCUGCAGGAAGAGGUCCUGGAGCAGUGGGUGGAGGUCCUGGAGGAGGUGGUUUGGUACCUGGGGCUGGUGGGCCUGGUGCAGUAGGAACAGGAGGCUAUGGUGCUGGAGUUUUACCAGGGGGAGGCAUUCGUUACCCAACUGGAGCUGGAGUAACAAAACCAGGCAAAGCAUAUGGGACUCUUGGAGCAGGGGGCCAAGGUGGGGUUGGCCCCGGUGGAUAUGGCACUGGUCCAGGAGGUUAUGGCACAGGGCCUGGAGGUUAUGGCACAGGGCCUGGAGGUUAUGGAACCGGUCCAGGUGGAUAUGGAACUGGACCUGGACGCUAUGGUGGUGUAGGAGCAGGAGGAACAGGAGUAGGCCCUGGGGGAGGUGUUAGACCUGACGGUUCUAGAUAUGGCACAGGUCCAGGACUGGGUACCGGCACUGGAAAACCACCUAAAAGCUAUGGAGCAGGAGCUGGUGGUACUGGGUUUGGACCUGGUGGCUAUGGGACUGGACCAGGUGGAACAGGUUAUGGACCAGGUGGCCUUGUGCCUGGUGGCACUGGUCCUGGUGGUGCUGGGACCGGACUGGGUGGUGCUGGAACAAGGCCAGGUGGUAUAGGACCAGGUGGUGCUGGCACAGGACCAAGCGGCUAUGGACCUGGUGGAGUAGUAAAACCACCUAAAUCAGGCUAUGGAUCAUCCUCGCUAGGUGGAGCUGGCUUUGGACAAGGUACAGGAGGGUUUGGACCAGGCGGGGCUGGCACUGGAACUGGAGGGUUUGGACCAGGCGGGGCUGGCACAGGUACUGGAGGGUUUGGACCAGGCGGGGCUGGCACAGGUACUGGAGGGUUUGGACCUGGCGGUGUUGGCACAGGAACUGGAGGGUUUGGACCAGGCGGGGCUGGCACUGGAACUGGAGGAUUUGGACCCGGUGGAGGUGGCACAGGUACUGGAGGGUUUGGACCUGGCGGUGUUGGCACAGGAACAGGAGGGUUUGGACCUGGCGGUGUUGGCACAGGAACUGGAGGGUUUGGACCAGGUGGUGCUGGCACUGGAACAGGAGGGUUUGGACCAUCAGGUGUUGGAACAGGAACAGGAUUUGGACAGGCAGGCCAAGGAAAAAGAAAACCUUAUAAAUCUGGUUAUGGAGGAGCUGGUUAUGGAACAGGAGGAGGAUUAGGAGGAGGAUAUGGCCCUGGUGGAACUGGGGGUACAGGUCCUGGAGGUUUCAGACCAGGAGGUGCUGGGACUGGUGGUUUUGGCCCUGGAGGUGCUGGGACUGGUUUUGGUCCUGGAGGUGCUGGGACUGGUGGUUUUGGCCCUGGAGGUGCUGGGACUGGUGGUUUUGGUCCUGGAGGUGCUGGGACUGGUUUUGGCCCUGGAGGUGCUGGGACUGGUGGCUUUGGCCCUGGAGGUGCUGGGACUGGUUUUGGCCCUGGAGGUGCUGGGACUGGGGGCUUUGGCCCAGGAGGCGCUGGGACUGGUUUUGGCCCUGGAGGUGCUGGGACUGGGGGCUUUGGCCCAGGAGGCGCUGGGACUGGUUUUGGCCCUGGAGGUGCUGGGACUGGGGGCUUUGGCCCAGGAGGAGCUGGGACUGGUUUUGGCCCUGGAGGUGCUGGGACUGGUGGCUUUGGCCCUGGAGGUGCUGGGACUGGUGGUUUUGGACCUUCUGGCCAAACACUUGGAACAAGAAAGCCGUCUAAAUCAGGUUACGGCUCGUCGCUGGGUGGAGCUGGCUACGGACCAGGAGGUGGAGUCGGAGUUCUUCCUGGUACUGGGACAGGAGGCGUCACUGGUGGUGGCCAAGGUAGCGUAGCAGGAGGUACAGGAGGGCUAGGAGGUCCUGGAGGAACUGGCCAAGGAGUUGGAGGACUACCUGGUGGGGGACCAGGAGGUGCUGCUGGUCCUGGAUAUGGUGGGCUGGGUAUAGGAAGUUAUCCAGGGUAUGCAGGGGCUGGACAAAAAUCUAAAGCGCAGAAGGCAGCCAAAUAUGCAGCCAUGCAGGGUUUACUUGGACCCAGGGGCUACAGAGGAGCUGGCCGUAGGAGGAAGUGAGAAAGACCAAAAGACAGGAAGUGACCUCAUUAAAACAACAGUGGUGCUAUUGCAUGAUCCCACACUGUAAAUGUCUUACCUGCCACAGAAGCUAAAGCUUCAGCACAUCCCGCUUUUUACAUUUUACAAGGUUGCAGUGGUUCUCAACCUGAUCGGAUUCACCGCCAGGUGAAGAUUGCUAUUUCCCUUUCUUAAAUACUUUUUUCCUUUUUUGGAUAAUUAAGUCAUUUUAUUUUGGUCAAAUUAGUAAAUGUCAAUUUCUCAAGAAAGUUUCAAAAAAAUUAACGCGGUUAGAAUACUCCUGAAAUUCCUGAUGAUCGGGUUGAGAACCACUACAGCGAGGAAUCAGCAACUCUUUUCAUCACUUUUUGUCUAUCUUUGCUGCGUUGAUUAUCAUUUGUGUUCUUAUGCAAGUAUUGCUACGAAUCCUCUGGGUUAAGACUGACACCAAGGACUCCCUCAGGGCAGCUCCUUCAGACCUGUCUGCAUGCUGACGCAAUGUGUAAAGAAAUAUAGGGCAACGCUUUUACCCAGUUAAACUGGGCUAUGUCUGCAGAGUGAAUGGCUGAGCAGAUAAUUCACUGUUAGCAUCUUUUACAUCAGUGGACAAACAAGUAGUGAGUACAGACACAGAGACAAACAGCUGCUGUCACAGGAGAACAUGAAGGCAGUAUUUUAUGCAGUAGUGGUAGUCUUUUGAUUCUUGAAAAGCAGUCUCUGGCCAUGUGAGCUGUACUCAGGCCUCAGUAGUAUCAGUAAUGGAGCCUGAGGAUUCUCACAGAUACCACUUGAGGCCCACCUGUGAGAUUCUUCCACUCAUUUCACAACUUAAUGGCACUGUUUUAUAGCCACAUCACACUCAAUGGUAUAAAUGUAAAAUUUUGGUUAGCGUGCAUAUAUUUUGAUUGUUAGGAGGGUGUAUUUGUCCUGACUUUCUGAAUGGGCUUAGUUUUAGCUUUUACAGUUGCUGUUGAGGUAAGCAUUCAAGCUAAAUGUGAGGUAAUGUGACUAGAGUACAUGACAUCCAAGGAGUACUGAUUACUGUGUUUUCCUUCUGUUCAUGAACCUCCUUUAACACUGUUGGGGAAACUGCUCACGUUUACUAGACUUUUUAAAUUAUGUUGAGAACUCUAUUUAGCCUCAUUUUACAAA